GUCUCCGUACUUCGAAAAUGUCUGACACACAUCGAUGGGGACGAACAUGGUUUCGUUUGUUAUUUACAAUUGCGUUGAUAUUUCCGCUGAUUGACAGCGGCAAUAUAAAACAGUUGACAUUCUGCGAGCAGAAAACAUCUCGAAGUUUAGUAUUUGUGAGCACAUUAGAUGGAAAAGUAUCUGCUCUAGAUGCAAAUGAUUUAGGGAAGAAACAGUGGACUUUAGAUUUUAAUGAAGGACCCAUGUUAUCAUCGAGUAUACAUCGUAGAGAGCUCAACAAUAAUGGACAAUGGGUUCGUCUGAUACCAUCUUUAAGAGGUGGAUUAUAUAAAUUUGACGGAGAACAUUUAGAAGCAGUGCCUGUAUCUGCAACACAGUUAUUGUAUUCAUCGUAUAGGUAUUCGGAUGAUUUAAUAUUUUCUGGUGGCAAAGAAGUGAAAUCUUAUGGGGUUUCAAGUGCAACUGGAAAAAUAUUAUACGAAUGUGGAAUCACCGGUUGUACCAAUACCACCAAAGGAGAAUCAUAUAUUGAGAAAGAUGUGCUCAUUAUCCAACGUUUCCAACAAACAGUAAGAGCAGUCGAACCACGUACUGGUAAUGAAAGAUGGAACUUCAGCGUUGGCCAACACGAAUUGAUACUGGCCCCUCAGUCUGAUGUAGAUUGCCAAAAUAAAGUUGAAGCUUUUGCUCUGGAUAUAGAAAUUAAAGUCAUUGUACCCAAUGGCUUGAUCUGGGCUGUUAGUAGCAAUGAUCCCAAAAUAAUAUUGUGGCAGUACAAGUUUGAUUCUCCAAUUGUCACUAUAUGGCGAGAACACGCAAGUAAAAGCAGUGGGCAAAAAAGUUUGAAGGAAAUUAAUCUAUUUGAUAAUACACAGUGGUCUUGGGGUACAGAAUUCUCUGUUAGUCCAGGAAUUUAUUUGGGUAUGCACGAUAGACAGUUAUAUGUACAAGAAAACACAAAGCUGCAUACAUCAUUGGAAUUAUUGAAGCCGUACACACAACACUUAAAAUAUCCAUGGCAGCCAUAUCCUGCUAUUGGUACUGCAGUUACGAAAGCCCUUCCAGAUCUCGAGGAUAACGAUGAAAACAAAAACGCCCUGCUUCAGAUAAAUGAUGCGCAGAGUACUACUGCAUUGUCAGUUCUGUAUAAUUCGGAAUAUGUAAAUGGCAAUGGGUUUUAUUUGUACUCGAAAGAUCAGUUGCAAUUGGAUAACAACAAACAAUGUAAUCGUACUAAUUUAAACUCAACAAUUAACGAAGACGAUCAACAGCCGUCUACACCGAACAAUACUUAUGGGGAAGAGGACGAUACUCCUGUUCAAGUUAUAAUUGUUUCGCUGUGGUAUUGGUGGAGAGAAGUUUUGAUAAUCUCAAUUACUACUGCAAUUCUUCUCAACUUCAUGUUGACACAACGUCUUUUGAACGCUACUACUGUUGCUGAGGAUGCAGUACUUCCGCCUUUAAUAGUGGAAAGACAUAUAGAGACGAUUACGAAUACUCAACAGACGAUCAACGAUAAAGACAAUAUUGAUAAUUUUAUAUCACGUUACCUCACAGAUUUUGUGCCAGUCGAUUGUUUAGGGAAAGGGGGUUAUGGUGUUGUCUUUGAGGCAAAGAACAGAAUAGAUGAUUGUAAUUACGCUAUCAAAAGAAUUGCUCUGCCAAAUAGUCAGUCUUCAAGGGAACGUGUAAUGCGAGAAGUGAAGGCGUUAGCUAAAUUGGACCAUCAGAAUAUCGUGAGAUAUUUCAACGCCUGGUUAGAAUGUCCUCCCGCGGGCUGGAAAGAGAAAUAUGACCCUGAAUGGAUGAACAAAUUAACGUUGCCAAGUUUAGAAUUUACAUCGGAUGGAAUUCAUACGGAAUCGAAAGUCAACGAUUCUACUUGCAUUAAUGUUUCUCUGACCGAUCACUCGUCGGUGGAAAGUGCUUGCGAAGCAUAUAACGCGUUAAAUCAUUCCGAUUCCGAUGACGAUUCUUUUAUUGUUUUCGAGAAAUCCUGUUCAGAACAACAGAACGAAAAUGUAAUAGACAUGAGUAAUUGCAGCACCGAAAGUUUGAAUUCAUCAAGUUCGAAUAAUGCAGAUGAUAACAUAUUCUCGGACAUUGAUAAUCGUACAAACUCCCAUAAUAUUGUAGUAGAACACAUUGAAACUAAUGAACACGUCGAAAAAGAAGAAAGGCGAAAGCGGCAAAGAUCGUUUUCUUUGGAUUUGAAUAACAAAUCCUAUAUGCGUAAGUCUCGAAAAAUGUUCCUUUAUAUACAGAUGCAACUGUGUCAAAGGCUAAGCCUCAGGGAAUGGUUGAAAAACCAGCCAACGCGAGAUUAUCGUCGUGUAAUAAAUAUAUUUCAACAAAUUAUCGAAGCUGUGGAAUAUGUUCAUUUGCAAGGGCUUAUCCAUCGUGAUCUAAAGCCAUCAAAUAUAUUUUUCUCUUUCGACGACAAAAUCAAAGUGGGUGAUUUCGGUCUCGUCACCGCGAUGACAGAAGAGUACAGUGAAGCCCAUACGCCGCUUUCAGAGAACAGAGAUGUUUCUCCGAAAAACAGUUUGCACACCGCCUAUGUCGGUACACACCUCUACAUGUCUCCCGAGCAAAUAAACGGGCUAGGUUACAAUUACAAAGUCGAUAUUUAUUCGUUAGGAAUAAUUCUGUUUGAACUUCUUAUUCCAUUCGUUACUGAAAUGGAAAGGGUAGCUGCCCUUAUCAAUUUAAGGAAGUCAGUGUUCCCGAAAGACUUCGAUGUCGAUCAUCCAGCUGAGUAUGAUUUGCUUAAAAUGAUGUUGGAUGAGAAUCCUAGUAAUAGACCCACGACGUUGGGUAUCAAGGCAAGGCCGCCGUUAUUGAAUUACGAAAUAGCCAACGGGGUCGCUAUAAAUGAAGACAUAAAAUGGCAUUUUGAAUUGCCACAGUUAAUGAAACACUCCUCCAUUAGUGGCAGCAGCAGUGGUGAUUCCUGGGAAAAUAUUAGUUGA